AGGGGCAGAGCGAGCGGUGCUGGGGCAGCUCCCUGGCCCCUAGCUGGGGCUCCCUGGUCUGGGUCAGCUUGGCCCCUGCGCCCUACACAGCCUGUCGGGCCUUGUCUGCAGGAGCCCAGCCGGCUGCCACGUCCUGUGUGCCAGGCAGAGGGAGGUGGCAGGGACAGGCACUGCUGGUGUCAGGGCCCCGCGGUGGGCACAGCUUGGGGUGGGCUGAAGGGCCCCCAGGUGAGUCCUGCCUGCAGGAAACGCUGUGGCUGGACAGAGCUGUCAGGGGGGAGCUGCUGUGAGUUUAAGGCCGGGCAGGUCGAGAUGUUUGUCCCUUAGACCUUGGCACUGCGCUUCCUGCUCAGGUGUGUGCAUCCUGCUUGGGUGGAGCUGCCACGUGUCUGGGUAUCGUGGCGGGGCUGGGGACACACUCAGCAGCAGCGCCAGUUCCCGCGGCCGCCAGAGCUGGGCCAGGCUGGCUGCUCCACAGGCAGCAAGCGACAGGCAAGGAGCUGCUUCCCCUGGGACUGGACCUGGGCACCACUCAGCAGGACACCCCGGGGGCUCGCCCCUGGCUCCCUGCCUGGGCUGCUGUGGAGCCUGAGGCAGGUUGAGGUGCUGAGCAGGUCCUGUGUGCCUGCCAACACACCAAGGCUUGCUCUGGUCUGGCAAUGCAGGGGGAGGUUCUCCUCGCCCCCAGGCUGAUGCCCGUGCCGCCCUGCCAUGAGUCUAUGAGCCCGCUCCGGAUCAGCGUGGGGGGCCUGCCCGUCCUCGCGUCCAUGACCAAGGCUGCGGACCCCCGCUUCCGUCUGCGCUGGAGGGCCAUUGCGCUGUCGGCCUGCGUGGGGCUGCUGCUGCUGCUCUUCUUCCUUCAGCGCUCCUCCCCAGCACGGCACAGCCCGCCCAGUCCCCGCACCUGGCAGCUGGGCCUGCGGGCAGGGCAGCGCUACAAUGACACCUACCCGCUGUCCCCCCCGCAGAAGAACCCCGAGGGCGUGCGCUACCGCAUCGGCCUCAUCGCAGACCUGGACACGCGCUCCCGCGGCCCCCAGGAGAACACCUGGUUCAGUUACCUGAAGAAGGGCUACCUGGUGCUGUCAGACAGCGGGGACAGCGUGGCGGUGGAGUGGGACAAAGAGGAGAGCGUGCUGCAGUCCCACCUGGCUGAGAAGGGCAGGGGCAUGGAGCUCUCCGAGCUGGUCGUCUUCAACGGGAAGCUGUACACAGUGGACGACCGGACAGGAGUGGUUUACCAGAUCGAGGGGAACAAGGUGGUGCCCUGGGUGAUCCUCCCGGACGGGGACGGCACAGUGGGGAAAGGCUUCAAGGCAGAGUGGCUGGCAGUGAAGGACGAGCAUCUCUACGUGGGGGGACUGGGCAAGGAGUGGACCACGACGACAGGGGAGGUGGUGAACGAGAACCCUGAGUGGGUGAAGGUCGUCGGCUACAAGGGUGACGUGGGCCACGAGAACUGGGUAGCCAACUACAAUGCGCUGCGGGCUGCGGCAGGGAUCCGGCCCCCAGGUUACCUGAUCCACGAGUCGGCGUCCUGGAGCGACACCCUGCAGCGCUGGUUCUUCCUGCCGCGCCGCGCCAGCCACCAGCGCUACGACGAGGCGGCGGACGAGCGCCGGGGCACCAACCUGCUGCUCAGCUCCACGCAGGACUUCGGGGACGUGACGGUGGGGCGCGUGGGAGACGUCGUCCCCACCCACGGCUUCUCCUCUUUCAAGUUCAUCCCGGACACGGACGACCAGAUCAUCGUGGCGCUGAAAUCGGAGGAGGACAACGGCAAGAUCGCCAGCUACAUCAUGGCCUUCACGCUGGACGGGCGCUUCCUCCUGCCCGAGACCAGGAUCGGCAGCGUGAAAUACGAGGGCAUUGAGUUUAUUUAACCUUAGACUUUGGCACUGGACCAGAGGGGCUCGGGGGGGGCUGGGGCAGGCCCUGCCCACGCUCGGGGCCGGGCGCCGCGGGCUCGCUCCCAGCUCUGUCCUUGGCAUCCCCUGUAAAGCGUUGGCUCGCUGCAGCAGCCUGGUGCGAGUGUUUCAGCAGUGGCACCUGCUGGCAAGGGGCUGCCACCACAGCGGGCACCGGCACAGCCGGGUGGCCCAGGCCCCCAGCGCCGCGUCCCUGGGCAGCCCCUGCGCUGCAGUUGUUAGUGCCCAGCCCCUA